AUGGAUGAGCUGAAACGUAUCGCUUUCACAGCACCAUUUCAAUAUGAAGAAGCAGUCCGUUACACUGGGACGUUGCGUAAUGUUGGGAUAUACGUUUCUGUACUCUACGUGAUUGCCAUUUUCUCUAUUAAACUUGUAAUGACUCGAUUUAAGCCAUUUCAGCUUACAGCAGCGUUGAACUUUUGGAAUACAUGGUUGGCAGUAUUCAGUGUGUUGGGAUCAUUUUUCACAUCAGUUGCUCUUUUUUCAGAAAUCUACAAUCGCGGUUUUGUGGCAUCAUACACGAAAAUAGGCGAUUUCUUCGAAGGAACCAGUGGUUAUUGGUCAUGGCUAUUUUGCUUAUCGAAAUUUGCAGAGCUUGGUGAUACAAUAUUGAUUGUAUUACGCAAGAAACCUUUGAUCUUCCUGCACUGGUAUCAUCAUGUGUUGACUCUCAACUACGGUAUCAUGUCUUAUAACCAGCAUACGCCUUACAACAGCUGGAUUAUAUGGUUGAAUUUCACGGUUCAUAGUUUUAUGUACAGUUAUUACUUCCUGCGAUCAAUUCACAUCCGCGUACCGGCAGCUAUUGCACGUUAUAUUACAUCCAUGCAAAUGCUACAGUUUAUUAUAACGUUGCUUAUCCUCAUGCAUGUUGGUUAUUUGAUGGCUAUUGGUGAAGCUGUCGAUGGAACGCUAAGCAUAUAUUUGCUCUGCUUGGGCAUGGAAAUUUCUUAUGUUAUACUUUUUGCUAAUUUCUACUAUCAGUCGUAUGUGAAGGGUGGAGGGAAGAAAUUCAAGGAAGAAAAAAUGGCGAUGAAAAAAGACUAG